AUGCCGCCCACCACGUGGUUAGACAGUGACACGAUCGACCGGGUUGUAACGAGGGAGUUUGUCUGCAACCGACUCGUUUCCCGGGAGAUCAAGCAGCUCGACAGACCGCUCAGCUUUGGCGAUAACCUGACCGACGGCACGUACUGGAAUUGGAUUGAGGAGAAAGCUAAGAAAAUCUUCCUCAUCCUCACCGACCUCGGACUGCCUGAUCAGAUCUUCGGGCUCAUCGACCAAUCUUGGGAAGAUGACGAUCUCCCCAUCCCUCUAGAGCAGGUUCGGCGCCUUGCCUUGACGUCUGUCAGGAAUGAGAAAGUCGAGCGGAAGUUCUAUCACCGCCAGUUUUACUACCUGUCGCGACCACUGCAAAGAUGGAGCCAUAUCGACUACGAGAACGACGAACUGAUCCCGUUGGAUGUUGCCGGCAAAAAGCAACCGACAACUGAGGGCUAUCACAUGGACAAGGUCACUCUCCCGAACGAACGGGGAACCGUAUUUGGCCGCGCCCGAAUACCUCUAGGCCGCGGCCACCUCAGCAGAGACGAGUUUCUCCACAAGGUCGACAGCGUCAAGCAUGUCGGCCACGAGCAUUUACUUUCGUUUUGGGCGUCGUACACUCAUCAGCAACACGGAUACGUGCUCUUCACACCAGCCACCGAGUUCAGUCUCAAGUCGCUCCUUGCCAGCAUCCCUCGUUGUCUGAAGCGUUUAGACAAACACGCACGCCGGGAGACGGUCAUGGAAUGGAUUCACUGCUUGACCAGCACGGUAUGCUUCCUCCACGAUCGUGGGCUCGCGCACGGAAACAUCACGCCGUCGGCCGUGUUGUUCUCGAACGACAACCGAAUCUUCCUCUCCGACUUCACGCAUUUCCAUACCGAAAGCGUCGAAGGCGCGGCGGACAACAGCUCCCUCGGCAAGGAGGCGUACGAUUAUGCGGCACCUGAGCAGUGGUACAAACCAGUCUUGCCCUCACCAACCUCGACCGACGAAGCGGCGCGUAAGGAAAAGGAGUCGGCAGGUUUAACGCUAACACAUAGCGAGUCGCUGUACCUCAGCCCGCAGGCCGCCGACAUUUUCUCGUUGGGGUGCGUCAUGCUAGACCUCCUAAGUUACCUCGUUAACAAGAAGCACGGCCGCUCUUCUGCCGCGAAACGCCUGACGAAACACAAACUCACCGGCCGUGCCGGCGCCGACGCGCCGGACACGUCCUUCCAAAAGAACCUCAGCCAAGUCAAGAGCUGGACAACGGAGCUUGCCAAAGAUGCUUCCAAGAAGAAGGACGACCCCGUAUUCAGGGGUGUCGUGCCAAUACUACACUUGGUCGAGAGCAUGCUGGCAUUCCGCCCGUCGGAUCGUCCGACUGCCGACGGGGUGCAGGAGCGGAUGAGCCAGAUCCUCGUGGAAUCGUGCGAUCAGGGAGUGGUUCUCAACAAUACGGAAUCCCCUACAAAACUGCAUCCACCUUCCCCGGCAUCAGACACCAAGUCGUUGAUCCGGUCGAGUGGGAGGAGCCAACCAUCAGGAGCUGAAGAGCGGAAGCCGAGUACUGGUGGCGGUAUUAGCGUCACCAUCCGGAGGGUCAAGAGUCUCAAGAGCUUUGGUCGGAAGUCGGCAGAGAAGGAGGAGUGUGCACCUGUCCCGAGGACUCUUACAUACCAGCAAGUCAACCAACAACAACUUAUGGACAGGGAGCAAGGCGGGCUUCAUGACUCGCCAAUAGCGUCGCCCGACGCGGUCGCGGGCGCCAUUCACAAUGACCCCGAUUGUCUAACUGUCUCCCUACGAGUUCGUCAGAUCACCAAUGUCAUCGAAAGCACCAAGCAAUUGACAUCCCCGCAGAAUCAAAACCAGACCGGACUCAAGCUCUCCCACGUCCCAUCACCACCAGACCACGACGGCAACCUUGAGGGCCCUCCGUAUUCAGAGAACGAGUCAUCUCAGCAGCGGCCAGCAUCAGAGCCGCCAUCACACGACUACGGCCCUGGGCCAGAUGCGGAAGCCGAGAUCGGGGUCGAGGUGGAGGCCAGCGCAGAGACGAACAACCCUGCGUCAGUGAACCGGGCGAUUGCAGGCAUGGGCGCGGGCUUGCUGAGCGUCAUGUUGAUCAUGGCCUUCUUAUGA